ACAUCUCUCCUCAGCUGCUCACCACCACAAGAACCACCUACUUGUUCCCAACCACUCCUCCAAACUUGACAAAUAUACAUAUAUUGCCUCCAGUUAGCCCCUUAUACCGUUUCUCAUUAGCACCCUCCAAUGGCUAUCUUAACCCAAACCAAGUUCUUCCCAAGUUCCAUAAACCAACUCCACACAUCCCACUCUCUAAUCCGCCGCACUAGAGUGCAUUGCUCCGCCGCCACCACCAAGGCAAACCCCGCCGCUGAAAAGCUAGUCCUCAAACCACCACUGCAACUGCUAGAGCCCUCACACUCGCCCUCACCCGCCCUACUCACAGACACCACCAUCCGUCCUCCUCAACCCAAUGACCCAAGUUUGCUAUCGACAUGGUCUCACCGUGCAUGGGUGGCUAGUGGGUGCACAACAGUCCUAGUUUCUCUAGCCAAGUCCGUAACUUGUGCAGCUGAUUCACACAUAUGGCUCGAGCCCAUUUUGGCAGGCUUGGUUGGGUAUGUGCUGGCAGACCUCGGAUCCGGAGUGUACCAUUGGGGCAUUGACAAUUAUGGUGGGGCCUCGACUCCAAUUUUUGGUCCCCAGAUCGAAGCGUUCCAAGGCCAUCACAAGUGGCCUUGGACGAUCACUAGGCGCCAAUUUUCCAACAACUUACAUGCCCUAGCUCGUGUGGUGACUUUCUUUGUGCUUCCUAUAGACCUUGUGUGUGAUGAUCCAGUAGUUAAUGGAUUUGUUGCAGUGUGCUCUGGCUCCAUUAUGUUUAGCCAACAGUUUCAUGCUUGGGCACACGGCACCAAGAGCCGCCUGCCGCCAGUUGUGGUGGCCUUGCAAGAUUUAGGCGUCUUGGUUUCGCGGCCGCAACACGCGGCACACCACCGGCAGCCUUACAACAACAAUUACUGCAUUGUGAGUGGGGUUUGGAAUGAGCUUUUGGACCAGCAGAAGGUUUUCGAGGCAUUGGAGAUGGUCUUAUUUUUUAAGUUAGGGUUAAGACCCAGGUCUUGGAGUGAACCUAGCUCUGAAUGGAUUGAAGAAACUGAGACUGCUUCACAACUUCAAGGCCAAUGAACCUUUCCUUUACAUUCUUUUGGGGAUUUUAAUUAAAUGGGUGAUUUCCGCACUCACAUUUUUACGUCCAACUCGCCUCUGUUUUCUCUAGCCAUUGCAUUGAAUAAAUCAAGGAAGAAACAACGGACAGAACUAAACAAAGGUGUGUUGGAGGUGAAUAGGGAAGUGCGGAAAUCCUUCCCUUAAUCGAUUACCCACCAUUCAUCGGUUCGCAGUAUUAUUUACUCACUGCAGUAUUUCUUUCAAAAGAUUACGUGAUGUCUGUGUAUAUGAUCACCAGCUAUUGUAUCGGCUUCAUCUAGUUCAAUAGUCAUGUACCAAGAAAACACUUUCAAACGCAAACGUCUUCUUUA